ACGCGCGCGAGUAGCACCACACCGCCGGAGCGUGUGUGUGCGUGCGUGCGCGUUUCUCUCCGCUUUACUACUUCAGUACUCCGCUCCGUUUUCCUCUUCGCUCGUACUCUCCUCUGCCCGGCCGUCCGGAGCAGACACGGAGAGCCGAGAGAGGAUAGAGUCUCCCCGUUAUUGUCCUUGGCGCGCGUCGUCAGCGUCGAACCGUCAACAUCAAUCGUAAUCGUCGUCAUUAUUGUUUGUUAUCUCCGUUAAUCGCCGUCUACGUAUAUCUUGCCGCGUGUGUACGCCGCGUCCUUCCCUACUGGCCCGCGCGCGUGCAUGGACGACACGCGCGCACGAGCCGACGAGGAUAUAGCCCUGGAUUCGUCCCGUUUACGCUCGUCCGCUCGGCUCGGCUCCGCCGCGAGCAUCGCCGCUGCCGCUGCCGCUGCCGCUGCCACUGCCACCGCUGCCUCCGUAGCCACUACCACCACCUCCACCACCUCCUCGACCGCCGCCGCCACCUGCCGCGUCGCGAGACGCAAGAAGAAGAAGAGGAGGCGUCAGCGACUUGUUACGAGCAACGACGACGUUCCUGGCGUCGCCGUCGUGGUCACCUCCCGCGGCGUUACCACGUCAAGUAGUAACGUCGCCGUAGCCGAAGACAACACCGCGACCGACGUCGACAAUACUCUGGUAAAGAAUGCUUCUUUUGCGAAGCACGCGCGUCGUGAGAGUAGUUUACGUGAUCAUCGCUCUGUUCCAGCGGAUGUCGCCAAGUCCAAAUGGAAACACCUGCGCGACAACUUUCGAAACGAGCUGAAAAAGACCUACCGGGGUAAGUGCGACGGUAUCGGCGGCACCGAGCACGACUCCAAAUGGGUCUGGUUCAAGAGCCUAUUCUUCCUGCGGGACCAAAUGAACUCAAGGGUGAUCGGCUGCGCUCUGUCACAAAACUGCGUUGGUGCGGUCGGGAUGCGUUCCUCGCCGGAUGGCACGCAGAUCGAACCGCAGAUCGACAUUCUUGAGGGCCACGAGGAGACUCAGUUCGAUGACUUGGACGGUGACUCUUGCCAGUCAUUGCUGUCCAACGAUGACGGCCUGCAUCAGGUGAUGCCGCCGCCAAAGAUGAACAAGAUAAUCAGUCGGAAACGAGCGCUAAUGGACGCGAUCGAAAACGAUUACGGCGUGGAAGUGGAUCGAAAGCGAUAUGAAUCACUGCAGAAGAGGCUGGCGAUCGGUCCGGAGGACGAGGACGACACCUACCACUUCCUCAUGAGCGUACGAAAUCCCCUGAGAAGCCUGCCGCUCGAUAGGCAGAUGUUCGUUCGUCUCAAGAUCCAGGAGUUGGUCUACAAUGAAAUCAACUCGCAAAAUCAACAGCAGCAGCAGACCGCAGGUCGUGGAAUCUACGACGCUUCCUCACAGGGCCAAGAUGUGAAACCCCCGCGCGCCGGUAACGGCGGCAAUGGCGUCGUUGGCGGCGACGUCGUCAGCGACAUGGCGAAUCCGGCGUCGUUGCUACAGAACUGCACGCCCGAGGGCUCCGGCGACGAUGCCUUCUUCGGCUGACGAGAGCCCAUUUGCUGUUUAAUUCGCUAAUA